AUGUCUGGACAUGUUAUUAAUCUGAACCUCUGGAUUGAGUUAGUGCACGAUAUCACCGACAAACAAAGUGGCGGGUCCAAGCCUGAGGAAUUUGCCAGCAUAAGAGAGGUAAAUGUUAACAAAAACUGCCCUACGACAGAGAGCCGCGAGGAGUCCAUGGCUGAUGUUAAAGAACGACUGCGACGUGCAGAGUUAGCUUACGUGCAACUUGAAGAGCUGUACAAAAAAUACAGGUUGCGUUGGCUGGAAGAAAAUUAUUGUGCCAGAAUCUUGCAGGAAUAUGCGCCAAAUGUAAUCAGUACAUCUCCUGGUCAAAUCCCAUGGGAUGCCCCUUCUCCCUUUCAAUCAGACGACGACGACGAAUUUGAGGACCUAAGUACAGAAAAAAUACCAUAG